UAGCUUCAUAGCAUGGAGGGUGGUAUUCGGUGAAGCGAAGUGGAACGGGAAGCGAAUCGGGUGAAAAGAGAGCAGGUUUCUUGGGGACUACCGAUUAUGGCUGACCCAACUGAGUGUCUGGGAGGGAGUGAAAAACGGAGGAAUGGACACGCGCUGCUUCUUCCCGCUUCCUGAACCCUGCCCCCUCGAGCUUCUCUAACUUCUUCCCCAUACGCAUCGUCUCUCAGUUGCUUCACACACACACAGAGAGAGAGAGAGAGAGAGAGAGAAUGGGAAACCUGCUUCAGAAAGAGCAACCCCCACCAGUCGUUCUGGUCCCUCCGUUGUUCGAUUUCCCUCCCCUCGCUGCUCGAACAAGAAUGCUGGUGCCUGCAUAUGACUUUUUGCUUGGGAAGCUUGCUAGGAGAUGUCUGUUUGAAGAGUACUUUGAAAAAGCUGGGAAUUUUACCACAAGUAUAUUGUUGAAGCCUAUAGAUGAUUCUCAUGUCGACUUGGUGGCAACUGUGUCAGGGCCCUUUGACCCAAAAAGUGGGGGCAAUGUUUCUGGGGAUGCAAUAUUUCGUUGGCAAAGGGAUGUUGAUGAUCCAAAUACCUUUAUGGAUCUUUACAUGUCUAGCUCUGAACAGAUUUUGCGCAUGAGGUCAUGUGCUUACUACCCUAAGCAUGGGAUGGGGAUGUUUACUAUAUUGCCAUUGUUAUUAAAGAAAAGGACUUGUCCAGAGGAUUAUGGAGUUAUUGGCUUGAGAUAUGGUUCAGGACAGCUGUCAAUUGGGACCACAUUCACCCCUUUCUCAGCUUCUGCAGAAUUUCCAAACUGUGCAUGGGCUGUGGGAAGAGCUGGAAAAUUAACUGCUGGCAUCCAGUAUAAGCCACUGAUUGGGAGUACAAGUAGAGAAAAGCUUAACAACUUAAUAAACUGGAGUUGCGCUAUUGGUUAUGGACUAGGCUUAACCAGCCCCUUAAGCCCCUCCUUCAGUUUUGGCCUUGAACUUGUUAAAGGUUCACAGCUGAUAACGUCGUUCUAUCAACAUGCAGUGGUUCAAAGAAGGGUUAAGAAUCCUUUUGAAGAAGAUGAGGUAGUCGCCAUUACAAACUACAUAGAUUUUGGUUUUGAAUUGGCAACUAGGAUUCAAGAAGCCAAUGCACCAAACAAUACAGAGUCAACUUUUCAGAUGGCCGCAUCCUGGCAGGCAAAUAAAAACUUUCUGAUCAAGGGGAAGUUAGGCCCUCUUAGCUCUUCCAUAGCAUUAGCAUUCAAGUCUUGGUGGAAGCCAGCCUUCAGUUUCAGCAUUUCAGCUGUUAAAGACCGUGCUGCUGGUAAAACGUCCUUCGGUUUUGGAAUUCGAGUAGAAAACCUCAGGGAAGCCAGCUAUGAAAGAGCAGAUGCAAAUUAUGUGAUGCUGACACCAACCAAAGAGCACCUCGCUGGAGAUAUUAUUCAGGUGAUUGGCAAGCGACCAAUGCUGCAAUCAGAUAUUGCAGGUGGAAACUUUGACAAGUUGCCAAGAGAUUUGAGACCCAUUGGCAAAGUUUUGUGACCGACAGCAAAGAAAGCCAUGAAAUUGCUAAUAUUAUUUCAUUACUUGAUUUACUCAGUGAUUGCAAUAGUUGGAUUGAUA